AUGGAACCUGGUGAUGGCAGUGCUGAGAAAUCUCAGAAUGUCCAAGUGGAUCAUGAUGAUACAAUUGAGGAGCCAAAAUCAGGAAUGGAGUUUAAUUCCUUUGAAGAUUUACUAAGUUAUUAUAAGGAAUAUGGUAAGAGGAGCGGGUUUGGGGUGAUGACGAAGCGGACCGAGAGGGGAGAAGAUGAGUCUGUUAGAUAUGUCACCCUCGCUUGUGCCCGCGGUGGGAAGGCCCGGAAUAGGACGUUGAAUGUUGCCAACCCACGUCCGACAGGGAAAACUGAAUGUAAGGCAAAGAUUAAUGCCUUAAGGCAAGAUGGUGUGCUUCGGUUGACGACAGUACAUAAUAUCCAUAAUCACGGCCUCAGUCCAAAGAAAUCCCGUUUCUUCCGAUGUAAUAGAGAAGUUAGUGAUGCCGUAAAAAGGGUUCUCGAUACAAAUGAUUUGGCUGGCAUCCGAACGAAUAAGAGUUACGGAUCUCUUGUUGUUGGCGCGGGUGGAUUUGAGAACCUCCCAUUUUUGGAAAAUGAUUGUCGUAAUUAUAUUGACAAGGCCAGACAUUUACGACUUGGAGCAGGUGGUGCUGGAGCGCUCCGAGAUUACUUUUUACGAAUGCAGUACAAAAAUCCUGGGUUCUUUUAUAUGAUGGAUAUAGAUGAUGAGGGGAGGUUAAAGAACGUCUUCUGGGCAGACCCCCGUAGUAGAGCAGCGUACCAAGAUUUUGGUGACGUGGUCACAUUCGACACCACAUACCUAACGAAUCGAUAUGGGAUGCCCUUUGCACCAUUUGUUGGUGUAAACCACCAUGGACAGUCAAUUUUGUUGGGGGCAGGCUUGAUUUCCAGUGAGAUACCAAGACCUUUGUGUGGUUAUUCGAGACAUGGUUGCAAUGCAUGGAUGAAAGUCCCCGAGAAGCUUGGCUCAUAUAGUUCGUACAAAACUGGGAUGAAGAAUGCAUUGAUGAAAUGUGUCUACGACACCCAACUUGUUGAUGAGUUUGAGAAAUGUUGGGAUCAGUUGAUUAACACUUACAACUUACAUGAGAAUGCGUGGUUGCAAAGCCUAUAUGUUGAGCGUGAACAUUGGAUUGAGAAUGAAAAUCUUGCGGACUUCCAGUCAUUUAAUGCCACAAUCCCCUGCAUAUCUAGAUCUCCGAUUGAAAAUAGGUUUCAAGAGUUGUACACGAAUGCUAAAUUUAAGGAAGUUCAGCAACAAGUCCACGUCAUCAUUGACUUGAAUCCAAAGUUACAUAAAAGUGAUGGUGUAGUAAAAACAUAUAUGGUAGAGGAUGAAGUUUGUUUAGAAGAGUUCACUAAGCUGGUUACCCAUUUUGUGGACUUUAGUGACAAAGAUGCAGUUGCAAAGUGCUCUUGUGGAUUAUUUGAGAUGAGGGGGAUAUUAUGUCGGCAUAUUUUGGCCGUUUUCAGAUGUAACGAUAUUAAAUUUUUGUCAGAAAUCUACAUUCUAGAUCGAUGGAGGAAGGAUAUUAAAAGGCGAUACACAUUAAUCCACAGUAGCUACGAUGGUGGGGAACAGCGGGCAGAUGCUAGUAGAUAUUCAAAUCUUUUAAAUAUCUGUUAUCAGAUGAUUACUCACGCAGCGGGUUCGCAAGAGCAUACUGAGGAUGCGAGAACUAAGUUAUAUGCAAUGAUUAAUUUGUAUCGUGCCAAUCAAGAACCCCCAUCGAUGAUUCAAAUUGGUUCCAAUGUUGAUAGUACGGUAAAGGACACUACGGUCGAUGGUUCUAGGGAAGUACGUAGUCCGCGUGUUGUGCGAGGCAAAGGCAGACCUCCAUCUCUAAGGAGAGCAUCCAGGAUGGAGAUAGACAUGCGGAAAGCUAAAGUAAAGACUAAGAAAGCACCAGCAAAGGGGAAGCGUAAAGAGAGGGAUGGAGGACAUACCGAAGUCGUGGAUAGAGGAGAUACACCGAUCGUAGAAGCUAUUCCAGAAAGAGAAAGCGUGGCUGUAGACGUUAUUGGAACCGAACCCCGAGAAACAGUGAUGCAGAGUCAAGAAAGCUUAAGUGGUUCAUAG